AUGAUUCUCCUCGGCCUCUCAGGCCGCUAUUUCACAUUCGUCGCCAUCACCAUCCUCCUGAUCAUUGCCAUUCUCUACGGCUCUUUCUCCCACGUGUACAGUGGCCCUCUGUCAUACCUGCCAAAAUCACAGUCCCAGCUGCCGCUAUGUCGCGCCCCCAGCCCGGUCGCGGGUUCCGAUAACAAUAACAGCAACGAUGGUGCGUGUGUUGGAGUCAAACCAUGGAAAUUCGAGACGACCCGUGACGGAGAUAACUACGGCUUGAGCAGGGCGCAGUGCCAGCAGGCAUUUCCGAAGCUGUAUAUUGAGAUUGAGAAGGCGGUUGCGGCAAGGCGGGGACGGAAUAUUACCUUUGACGAACUGAAUUCGAAGCCGCUGAAGAACUCAAUGGUUAGAGCAAUGAUAUAUCAGGGCGCACUAUACGUCAUAAAUUUUGAGGACAUGAGAUAUACCUUCAGCCGAGCAAAGGCGUCUCUGAAUGCCCUAAACCGUGCCCUAAACGCCAUCCCAAACCGCUAUGAAAUACCCAACAUUGAAUUCAUCUUCACAACGGAAGACUACCACGACGACCCGCAUCCCAUAUGGGUGUAUUCCAAGCGCGAAACCAACGGCUGGGCCUGGCUCAUGCCCGAUUUCGGCUACUGGUCCUGGCCCGAGAUCAAGGCCGGCCAAUACCGCAGCAUCCGUCAGCGCAUCGCCGCAAUCGACGAAGGCGCCAUCAUAAAUGGCAAACCCCGCACGGCCUUGCGAUUCCAACGCAAGAAAAAACAGCUCCUAUGGCGCGGCGCCAUCGCCACGGCACCGGUACUGCGCCAGAAACUCCUCGACGUGACGAAGGGGAAAUCCUGGGCCUCCGUGCGCGCUCUCAACUGGGCCGACGAGACCAGUAUGCGGGACGACUACAUCCCGAUCGAGGACCACUGCAAAUACAUGUUCCUUGCCCACGUCGAGGGACGCAGCUAUUCCGGGCGCGGCAAGUAUCUCCAGAACUGCCGGUCCGUGAUAGUUGCGCACCAGCUGGUGUGGCGCGAGGCGCACCACGGCGCGCUGGUCGCCACAGGACCCGAAGCCAACUAUGUCAAGGUCCGUCGCGACUUUUCCGACCUCGAGGCCAAAAUGAACUACCUGCUCGACAACCCGGAGGUGGCGGAGAAGAUUGCGGAGAACGGCGUGCGUACGUUCCGCGACCGGUACCUGACGCCCGCGGCGGAGGCGUGUUACUGGCGCGAGCUGAUCCAUGCUUAUGCAUCCAUUUGCGACUUUGAGCCUGUGCUAUAUGCGGAUGCAAGUGGCGAGCCGAGUUCGGUGCGCGGUGUGCCGUUUGAGUCGUUCGUGUUGGAUUGGAAGUUGCCUGGGAAGUGA